AGGCCAAGUAAGCCCUAGCUUGCUUCAAUCCAUCCGUUCCGUUUUCCAUUUCUUCCUGCUUGCCGAGAACGAACAAUCGGAUCCCUCACCUGGACGCGAUGCAGGGCGGUCCGAUCCUGCCGCAUCGCCCAAGGAGCUCCGCUCUAGGUUUGGACGUCCUAGCAAAGAGGAAACGGGAAGCACAAGGCAGCAAUGCAUCCAGGCCUCGUCCCCACAAGAAAGAAGAAGCGGCGGCUGAGCACAGAUCAGGAAAAAUCGCGAGAGCCGAUUGCCGCCGCCGAUGGGACUCACCUCGCCGGGAGUACCGUGAUGGUCCACCGGCAUCCCAGCGGCAACAUCCGGCACCAUCCCCUUGGGACAACGUUUCUUCUUUGCCUGCCGCGACCGUACGCCCGUCUGGCUCCUCCUCAAGAAGGACUUCUUCUUCGUGCAAGGGCACUGAAGCUGGUACAAGGCCCCCAACAGCUGACAUAAAAUUCAAGGUCACUGAGGAGAUGAUGCUAGAGAUGGAUUACAAUGCUGAUCUAACAUGGUAUGGCUGCGAAGAACACAGCAUUCUAUUCAAUGCCGGUAGUUAUCCUGGAGACGAUGCUUCAUUUCAUCAAAAUAAGAAAUCAAAGUUAUCCAAGAAGCUGACUCGCCAGGAUGGCAGUCUGAUGACUCUUGCUCAGAGCAAAAGGUUGUCAGAGGUUACCGCGGAGAAUGCUCAGUGGGAGAACAGGCAGUUGUUCAGAUCCGGGGCUGUUAGAAGAACAGAGGUGCAAACGGAAUUUGACAACGAGGAUGAGCGUAAAGUGGUACUGCUUGUUCAUGACACGAAACCCCCAUUCCUCCUCGACGAACGAGUUGUGUUCGCAAAACAAGCAGAGCCUGUGAUGCCACUCAAGGACCCAACAUCUGACAUGGCUAUUAUUGCGCGCAAAGGUUCUCUUUUGGUUGGGGAAAUUCGUGAAAAGCAGAGUAUGAACAAGUCAAGGCAACGCUUCUGGGAGCUUGCUGGAUCUAAGCUAGGACAUAUUUUGGGUGUUGAGAAAACAGCCCAACAGGUUGAUGCUGACACUGCGCUUGUUGGUGACCAAGGUGAUGUUGACUUCAAAGAGAAGCUGAAGUUUUCACAACACUUGAAGGAAAAGGCAGAAGCAGUCAGUGAUUUUGCAAAAUCGAAAUCUCUUUCUCAACAAAGGCAAUACCUUCCCAUAUUUUCUGUCCGGGAUGACCUGCUCGGACUUGUGCGGGAAAAUCAAGUGGUUGUGGUCGUUGGUGAAACUGGUUCUGGGAAGACUACUCAGCUGACUCAAUAUCUGCAUGAGGAUGGAUAUACCAGAACUGGCCUUGUUGGCUGCACUCAACCAAGACGUGUGGCUGCCAUGAGUGUUGCUCGGCGUGUCAGUGACGAAAUGGAAACCGUGCUUGGAGAAGAAGUUGGAUAUGCUAUUCGGUUCGAGGAUGUCACGUGUCGUAACACAAAAAUAAAGUACAUGACGGAUGGAGUGCUUCUCCGUGAAACCUUGAAAGAUGCUGACCUGGACAAAUAUCGGGUUAUCAUCAUGGAUGAAGCACACGAGAGAUCAGUGAACACCGAUGUUUUGUUUGGUAUAUUGAAGAAGGUUGUUGCACGUCGACGGGAUUUUAAGUUAAUUGUCACAUCUGCAACACUAAAUGCAGACAAAUUCUCAAAAUUCUUUGGUUCUGCGCCUAUAUUUCACAUACCUGGAAGGACAUUUCCAGUAAAUAUCUUGUACAGCAAAACACCAUGUGAAGAUUAUGUGGAAGUGGCAGUGAAGCAGGCCAUCACAAUCCACAUAACGAGUGGCCCUGGCGACAUUCUCAUCUUCAUGACCGGGCAGGAAGAAAUCGAGACUGCUUGCUAUGCGCUCGCUGAGCGCAUGGAGCAGCUAAUUUCAUCAUCCACCAAAGUUGUAGGCAAGCUCUCAAUCCUGCCUGUCUAUUCACAGUUGCCUGCUGACUUGCAGGCCAAGAUCUUUCAGAAGGCAGGAGAGGGCACUCGCAAAUGCAUUGUUGCUACCAAUAUUGCUGAGACAUCCCUGACAGUAGAUGGUAUCUUGUAUGUCAUCGAUACUGGAUAUGGAAAGAUGAAGGUAUACAAUCCACGGAUGGGCAUGGACGCUCUUCAGGUUUUUCCAUGCAGUCGAGCAGCCGCAGACCAGCGUGCAGGGCGUGCAGGAAGAACUGGUCCUGGCACAUGCUACAGGCUGUUCACGGAAUCAGCUUACCAGAAUGAGAUGCUCCCUAACCCCGUGCCAGAGAUCCAAAGGACCAACCUUGCGAAUGUGGUUCUCUUACUGAAAUCCCUUGAAGUCAAAAAUUUGCUUGAUUUUGACUUCAUGGACCCACCUCCCAAGGAGAAUAUCCUCAGCUCCAUGUACCAGCUCUGGAUGUUGGGUGCCUUGAACAAUGUUGGUGGCCUUACAAAUCUAGGCUGGAAGAUGGUGGAGUUCCCAUUGGACCCAACUCUGGCAAAAAUGCUUCUCAUGGGGAAGGAGCUGGGGUGUGUUGAUGAAGUACUGACAAUUGUAUCCAUGCUCUCAGUGCCAUCAGUAUUCUUCCGGCCAAAAGAUCGAGAAGAGGAGAGUGACGCUGCAAGGGAGAAGUUUUUUGUACCGGAGUCUGACCAUCUAACACUCCUCAAUGUAUACCUGCAAUGGGAAGAGCAGAAGUUUAAGGGUGAAUUGUGCAAUGAUCGAGACUGGUGCAAUGCUCACUUCCUCCAUGUCAAGAGUCUACAAAAGGCUCGGGAAGUGAGAUCUCAAUUGGUGGACAUACUGAACACCCUGAAGAUCCCACAGACAUCAUGCCAUAGGGAAUGGGACGUGGUGAGGAAGGCCGUCUGCUCAGCGUACUUCAAGAACUCUGCAAGGUUGAAGGGUGUUGGAGAGUAUGUCAACUGCCGUAAUGGGGUGCCGUGCCACCUGCAUCCCAGCAGUGCACUCUACGGUCUCGGCUACACCCCCGACUACAUCGUCUACCACGAGCUUGUCCUGACAACCAAGGACUAUAUGCAGUGUGUCAGUGCAGUUGACCCACACUGGCUGGUGGAGCUUGGGCCCAUGUUCUUCUCUGUGAGGGAGGGUGACACCUCCUUCCUUGACUGCAGGAGGUGGCAUAAUGAGGAGAAGACAGACAUGGAAGAGGAGAUGGAGAAGCUGAAGCAGGAGCAAACUGAGGUGGCAGGCAGAGAGAAGGAGAGGGAGGAGAAGAGGGGCAAGCAGCAGCAGGUUGCUAUGCCGGGUCUGAAGAAAGGUUUGACAUAUCUUAGGCCCAAAAGGAGGAUGGGUUUGUAGGUAGGAAGGUUGAGUGAGUAUGUUUGUAUGUGCUGAUAGUCACACAUGAAUGAAUCCAUUAUAUGGGACACACACCUAUCAUGAGGCAUAGCAUUA